GUCGCCCUUAAUCGCGGAAAUCAAUCUGAAAUUAAUUAAACAUUUCUGGUGUGUGCCCUUUAGUGCAUUAAAUACAAUCUAAAACAAUUAAUAAAGCGAGUGCCGAGAGAAUUAAAAAAUAGUGUAAAGACACAGUGAAAAGAAUUACCAAAUUGGCGCCACUAGUUGCCAGCAUGUCCAGCCACGAGGAGGAUGACCACGAGCACGAGAAUGAGCAUGGCGACGAUGUCGAGGAGCAGGAGAUUCAUGUGGACGUGGACUCCGAUUCCCGCAUGUCCUGCGGCAGUGGAUCCGAUGUGGAUAUGGACGGUGGCAGUUGCUACGAUGAGUCCGAAACGCCAUUGAGUGAAUCGCUACAGUCCGAGCAGACGCGCUCCUCGUCCAGCGAGAAUCUGCCCUUCAGCAUAUCACGCCUGCUAUCCAAGCCCUUCGAGACCAGUCACCACCACCAUCACCACCACAACAACAACAACAACACCCAGCACAGCAGCAGCAGUCCCGGCUCCAGUCACAACAACAACCACGGCGAAAAGGGCGAGGAGAAGGAGCUGCUGCAGGCGGAGGAUCAGGAUCUGGCCGCCUAUAAGCUGGCCACCAGCAUUGCCAAUUCGACGUACGGAAGUGCCGCAGCUUUAUAUUCGUAUCCGCAUCUCUAUCCCUCGGCGGCGGCAGCGGCCGCUGGUCAUGUGCUGCGUGUGCCGCCCCAGCGAACGCCUCUGACCUGGGCGCUACCGCCGCUGCAUCAUGCGGCGCUGGCUCAUCAGGCGGUCAAGGAUCGGCUGGCAGCUGCCUUCCCCAUCGCCCGACGGAUCGGACAUCCCUACCAGAAUCGCACUCCGCCAAAGCGAAAAAAGCCGCGCACAUCCUUCACGCGCAUCCAGGUGGCGGAGCUGGAGAAGCGGUUCCACAAGCAAAAGUAUCUGGCCUCCGCCGAACGAGCGGCCUUGGCCCGUGGUCUCAAGAUGACCGAUGCCCAGGUGAAGACGUGGUUCCAGAACCGACGCACCAAGUGGAGACGCCAAACAGCCGAGGAGCGCGAGGCAGAACGACAGGCAGCAAACAGGCUGAUGCUGUCCUUGCAGGCGGAGGCCAUCAGCAAGGGCUUUGCACCCCCUGCGCCGCCCCUGAACUCGCAGGGGGGCGUGAAUGGGGCACCUUUGGCGGCACUACAUGGCCUCCAGCCUUGGGCAGAGGCGUCGCAUGCGGCGGGCUGCUAA